UAAAUGAUAGCAUAAUCUUUCGUAUUUUUUCAAUUUGUGUUUGUGUAUUUCACAGUCUGUCAAAGAACCUUAUCAGCGACCAAUCAGGAGACCAGCUACUGGAGGCUUUGAACAGAUGUAGUCACCUGGAAGAGCUCCGUCUGUCUAGCAACAGUCUCGGAGAUCUCACCGCUGCCAGGAUGGCCCUGGUUCUACCGUCACUGACACACAUCACUGUGUUGGAUAUUGCAGAGAAUAAGAUUGGAGAGGAAGGGUCAGUGAAUCUGGCCAAAGCAGUAAAGUGCUUGAAGAACCUCACUAAGCUUCAACUGACCUCUGUUGGGACUUCGGAGCUGUGUGAUGUUGCUGCCAGUCUGGCCCACUGUCCCCUCAUACAGGAUGUGGGUCUGGGAUGGAAUAAUUGUGGUGAUAAGGUGGCAGAGGAGCUGGCCAGAGUUAUGCCUCUCUGCCAGAAGCUGACCAGAAUUGACCUGGAGUCGAACACUGUGAGUGUUUUUGGAGCAGAGGCCCUGGUCAGAGCCUUACAGUCGUGUCCUGCGUUGAAGCUCAUCAGGCUGUGGAGGAACAAAGUCCCCAUCAGUGUAGCCAAUAGGCUCAGUCAGAGGGACACAAGGCUGAAUUUCUCCUCCACCUGAUGUCAUCUGCAAUGUCGAAUGGUGGCAGUGGCGGGAAGAAGUUACAUUCCUAUUUACCAGAGUCUGCAGAUGUGAAUCACUGAU